AUGGCAACUGCCCAGAUGCAAAGAAAUUCUAUGAGUGCAGUAAUAUUUCCUAACAAAAUACGUACUGAACAGCAGUCUUUGAUAUUGGUGAAGAGACUCCUAGCAGUAGCAGUAUCCUGCAUUACUUACCUAAGAGGAAUUUUUCCAGAAUGUGCCUAUGGAACAAGAUAUCUAGAUGACCUCUGUGUCAAAAUUUUGAGGGAAGACAAAAACUGUCCUGGGUCCACUCAGUUGGUGAAAUGGAUGUUAGGAUGCUAUGAUGCUUUGCAGAAAAAAUAUGUAAGUCUUCCAGUCUACACUCAUGCAGAAGACCCUCAGACAGUUACAGAAUGUUAUCAGUUCAAAUUCAAAUACACCAACAAUGGGCCGGUAAUGGAUUUCACCAGUAAGAAUAAAGGAAAUGAUUCCAACAUCACAUGUACAGACACCAAGAAAGCAAGUAUCCUCCUCAUUCGUAAGAUUUAUGUUCUGAUGCAGAAUCUGGGCCCGUUACCUAAUGAUAUCUGCUUGACUAUGAAGCUUUUUUAUUAUGAUGAAGUUACACCACCUGAUUACCAGCCUCCUGGUUUUAAAGAGGGUGAUUCUGACACAAUGAUAUUUGAGGGGGAGCCUAUUUACCUAAAUGUGGGUGAGGUGCCAACCCCUUUUCAUAUGCUGAAAGUUAAAGUGACAACUGAGAAAGAACGAAUGGAAAAUAUUGAUAAAAACAUGCUGAAGCAAGGAGACUCUAAGGUGCCUACGCAAUUAAUCAGACUGGACAAAGAUAAUCCAGAAGAACAGAACCAGCAAAUAAAUGAAGAUUUUGUGGCAGAUAAUAAAAUGGAAGUUCAGAAAAAUGCAAAUACAUCUGUAAAAGUUGGAGAAUUAAGUUUAACUUGUGAAGAAAAUGAACUUACGAGGUCUGAAGAAAGCCAGAAUAAACCUGUUUCUAAUUCUCAGGUUGAUCAGUUAGCAAUUAAGACAUCUGAACUUGAUGUGUCAGAGGGCAGGACAAGAAGUGGAAAAAUAUUUCAGAUCAACACAGUUGGUGAAAAUCAGGCUCAGGAACAUUGCAAAAAUCGUUUAGUAGCUAAGUGUUCUAAAGAAACCCAGAAGAGAAAUUGGUCUGAGUCUGAAAAACUUGUUCAUCAGUACGAACUCUCCUCUAGUCAAGAUACACUGCCAAAAAGGAGAAAAUUUAGUGAACCAAAGGAGCGGUUUUAGAUAUCAC